UCAAGUAUGUUGGCAGAAGUGGAGAGGAGAAUUCCGUUUCCUUUUUCUUUCUCUUUGGCGUCGUCGGUCGAAGUGAAAGGUUGUAGGUGAGAGCACACUUAAAAAAAUCAAUUUGGUAGUAAAUUUUAAUUUUAAUAAUAGCAUUCGUUGUAUUUUUAAAAUAUUUACGUGAUACACAUCUAAGUAAUACGGAGAAUCUGUAUUUUACCAGACUUUUUGAGUUUUAUUGUAGUCGUAAUAGGUAUCAGCAAAUAUGCCUAGAGGUAGAUUCCCAUCGUCUCCUAGAGGAGGCUACAGGGGCAGUUCCAGAGGUUCCAGCCGAGGACUUUCGUCCUGGAAUGGCUCCUCGCGGUCAGGAGGGUAUCCCUCGAGCAGAUCCUAUCCACCCGCAAUGGAAUCGAGGAAUCCCUACGAGCCCAAGUAUUCGACUUCAGAGAGAUAUAGAGAAGAAUAUAAGCCUUACAGAGCUGAAUAUAGCACCAGUAUCAUGGUACGUGAAAGAAGAUCCCCUGAACGUAAACGUUUGAGGGUGGAAGCUCCUAGUUCCAGGCAUGAAAGUUACUAUGGUUCGAGUAGACAUGAAGCACCAUAUGAACGAAGACCAAGUGAACAUCACUCUUCAUUAUCAAGAAGGGAAGAAUUCCGUAGGCCUUCUGGACCUCCACCAAAACGCGGUUCUUACCGUGGAAGAAUUAGUUCAAGGGGCUCGUCUAGUAUAAGAGCUAGGCCUAGAACUCUAGUUCCUAGAUCAUAUGCUAUUGGCAGGAGAAUUCCACAUAUAUCUGAAUAUGCAAGGAGGCUUAAGAUAGCUAGAAUCAGGAGGGCCAUUGCAAGAAGACAUGCCAUAGAAGAAGCUGAAGCUGAAAAUGGAGAUGAGGAUAUAAAAGCAGAAAUUGAGGCUGAGGAAGCACAAAUCACUGAAGAAAGUAAGGAUAAUGAAGAGAGAAAAGAACAAAGCAAGGCUUUCAUCAAACUUCAAUGCCCCCAUUGCCAUAUGCGGGCUUUGACCUACAAGAAAUAUGAAUUGCAUUUGGGUAGCCGUACCCAUUCUCUUGCAAUGAGAAGAGUUGCUUUUAAGCAGAAAGCGAUCUUAAAUCAGAUGCGCCGUGCUCAGAGGAACACUCAAAAUGAAUUGGAAAAGGGUGCUGCGGAUCUCGACAGUGUAACUACUUACUGUCCCCUGUGCAAACUGAAUUUCAAGCAAAAGAAAGCUGUGCAUCAAUUAUCUGAGUCACAUGUAAACAUGAAGAAGUUCUUGAUGCCCACUUGCAAAGUUUGUACCCUGGCCUUUAAGAGUCCCAUGUCUUAUGAAAAACAUUUGUGCACAGUGGAUCAUAUUAAGCGUAAACAACGAGGAGGCGUUGAUGAUACUGAUAUAGAGAAUUUCACCACCAUUGAUUCAGUGGGAGAUGAGGAAAAUGCAGAAGGUGGUGAAAGUGUGGGCUUGGAGAAAAUCCGUAAAAUCGAAGCCUACUAUUGUGACUUGUGUAAGAUGUAUCUUCAAAGAGCAGAAGAAUCUGAAAUGGCUCCUAUUUUGGCUCGUCAUUGCAAACAACGUGUGCAUGUUCAACGUUACAAGGUAGUCAGCAAGAAGGAAGGAGUUAAAGUCGUGCCAAAAACCGAAGACCAAACUAAAGAAGAGGAUAAGUUGUGGGCUGAUGUUGAUAAAGACCUAGGCGAUAUUUUAGCAGAGGCUCAAGGAAACAAGAGUGAGAGUGAAGAUGAAGAUUCUCGUAUUAACGGUGAGAGAUAUGAUAGGUUUAAACUAAGCGAGAAAGGGGAUGAAGAUGGAGUAGAGAAUAAGUUGAUUAUCAAUGACGUAGAAACUAAAUAAAUAUUAAUUAUAUUUGUGUCUAUGGUGUUUCAGUAGAUUUAGUGUACUAUGUAAGGUGUAUAUUAGCACUUAAGGUAUUUAUGUAGUUCAUGUUUCAUAGCUUAAUAUAAUUAUGCAUAUUUCAUUCCUUUCGAAUACAAUCAGUUUAUGUAUUUUAGUGGGUAAUAAAUGUAUUCAAUGUUA